AUGAGUGAAUAUAAUGUUAAWUUUGUUAAUGUUAAAAGUGGUUAUUAUCCUAAAUACAAACAAAUAUUUAUUGUCUGGUUUAAAGAGUUUGAUAAAAUAACUAAUUAUAAAUCUCGGUUUAAGUAUGUUCAGGAUAAAUAUAACAUAAAUGAGCGCAAGAUUAUCAAUAGCCAAAGUGAAAUUGAAUUAACCAAAUAUACAACACCGACAACAAACCUGACCGCCCGGAGCUGUCGGCAGUGUCGACAACCGGUAGUAAUAUUUAUACAUGCGGCAGCGGUAGCCAGUGGUUUGUAUUAUGAUAAGCGCCAAACAAUACGCCAUACAUGGGCUGAGACGGCGAAACAAUUGGGUGUUUGUGUAUAUUUUGUGUUAGGAUUGAGUGACCAAACUCUGGUCAAUCAGCAAUUGGCUGCCGAAGCCGACCGAUACCGAGAUUUACUACAGUUUCCAUUUUUCGACCACUAUUUCAAUGGUACACUAAAAACUAUUGCAUUGAUUAGAUGGGCUAAUAAAUGGUGUCCACCGACGGCGCGCCGACACAUACUUAAAGUAGACGACGACUCUAUUAUCAAUGUUAGGCUAUUAUUAAAUAAUUUACAUCAAUUUAAACAAGGAAUUAAUGGGUAUUUAAUGUAUAAGUCUCGGAUCAAUCGCGAUCCAUACCAUCGACACUAUCAGCCUUACGAGUACAUCAGUGGCGACUAUUAUCCCGAGUAUACAACUGGUAGCGGAUAUCUGAUGAAGGACUGCACUGAUAGACUGGAACACCAGUUAGACAUAUAUACUGGUCCUAUACUGGAUCACGAAGAUAUUUUUAUUACAGGUAUAUUAGCCCAAACAGCUGGCAUCGGGCGCUUUCACAGCCCACUGAUCUAUUGGACCAACCAAUGUUCAGAUGUCUGUGUCUACUAUGGCUAUCCCAUUGUCUUUGAGUGUACCGAUAAUCAGAUUACUGACUGGUGGUCUCAUAUCCAGACAAAAUCACUGAAUAAUUGUCACGAAUUUAAAAACUAA